AUGACAUCCAUCAAAUCCGGCUCCUGCCUCUGCAAAGCCAUCCAGUACCAGCUCACCGCCCCCCCAGACCAAAUGUUCGUCUGCCACUGCAACAACUGCCAAAAAAGCAGUGGCUCCGUAUUCAUGGCGAACUGCAUUUUCCAAAAAGACCAACUCCAAAUCAUCCAAGGCCACGACUCGCUGAGAACAUACCACGACAGUAGCACUCGGUCAGGCAGCACUUUGGAACGAUCGUUCUGCGCAAUCUGCGGAUCCAGUCUUUUCGUCUGUCAGCAUACGGGAGAGCCGGUGCAGCACCUGGCCGUGACGAGCGGCACGAUAGAUCAGCGCGAAGACUUGCAUCCUACCAUCGAAGUGUGGGAGCGGGAUAGACGGCCGUGGCUGUCUCCGGUCGAGGGGAUUCCGAAGAUGCAGACGCAGUGA